AAAAAACAGAAGGAUAUAACAAUCUUCAUAUCUUUUUCUUUAAUCUUUGCUAGAAAAAAAAACAGAAGAUGAUUUUCUAUACUCAUAACUCUUCAAUGUCUUUUGAAAGACCUCAUUCAAAUAUGCCAGCCAUAAACUGUCGCACGAGUUGGCUAUAAAUACCUGAGUUCCCAUCAUAUGAAAAGAUAAGAAAGAAGAGAAAAAUGGCCAAUUCAAUGGUAAAACUAGUUUUCCUUUCUGUCACUGUUUUCAUUUCAAUUUUCCCUGCAACUUCUACUUUUGCUGGCCACGAGAAAGGUUUCCUUCAAUGUUUUCAAACAAUUUUAGGAGCUGACAACACAACUUGGCAAGUAAUAUUCACCAAAAGUAGUUCUUCUUAUGAACCCCUUUUGGAGUCUUCUAUAAGAAACGCCAGAUUCCUAAACAGUACUUCAGUCCCAAAACCAAACCUUAUUGUUACACCACAUAGCCUAUUCCACAUCCAAGUAGCACUGUUCUGCUCAAAGAAAAGUGGCUUACAAGUAAGAGUUCGAAGUGGGGGGCAUGACUAUGAGGGCCUUUCUUAUGUCUCUCACUCUCACAUUCCAUUCUUGAUCAUUGAUCUUUUCAACCUUAGGUCCAUAACCAUUAAUAUGGACGAAGAAAGUGCAUGGGUUCAGUCAGGUGCUACAGUCGGAGAACUCUAUUAUGCAAUUGCAAAGAAAAGUAAGGUUCAUGGUUUCCCUGCUGGAAGUUGCUCCACUAUUGGUGUUGGAGGGCAUUUCAGUGGAGGUGGGUUUGGUACAAUUUUCAGAAAAUAUGGCUUAGCUUCUGAUAAUGUAAUUGAUGCUCAGAUUAUAGAUGUUAAUGGGAUGAUACUGAACAGAACAUUGAUGGGGGAAGAUCUCUUUUGGGCCAUAAGAGGAGGUGGAGGGUCUAGCUUUGGAGUCAUUACUGCAUGGAAAAUCAAGCUUGUACCUGUUCCUUCAAAAGUCACAACUUUUGAUGUUUCAAGGACCCUGGAUCAAGGUGCCACUACCCUUUUCCACAAGUGGCAAACUAUUGCUCCAAAACUCCCCCCAGAACUUUUCUUGCACAGUCUUGUGGGAGUUACCAAUUCAGCUUCUCAAGAAGGUGGAAAAACUGUGGUGGUUUCCUUCUCAGGAUUGUAUCUUGGUACACCUGAGAAUCUCCUUCCUUUAAUGCAAAACAGUUUUGCAGAAUUUGGUUUGCGGCGCGACAACUUAACCGAGAUGACUUGGAUUCAAUCCGUUCUUCACUAUGCAGGCUAUUCAAUAGAUGAAUCCUUGGAGGUCUUGCUUAGGAGAAACCAAUCAUCCCCUUCUUUCAAAGCAAAAUCUGAUUAUGUGAAGGAACCAAUUCCAUUGCAUGGCUUAGAAGGGCUAUGGAAGAUGCUACUCUUGGAGAACUCACCACUGUUGAUCCUCACACCAUAUGGUGGGAUAAUGAGUGAGAUUUCAGAAUCAGAAACUCCUUUUCCACAUAGAAAAGGGAACUUAUAUGGUAUCCAGUAUAUGGUGAAUUUUGCUUCAAAUGAAGAAGCGCCAAAGCAUAUAGAUUGGAUAAGAAGAUUGUAUGCAUAUAUGACACCGUAUGUGUCAAAGUUUCCAAGACAAGCAUAUUUGAACUAUAGAGACCUUGAUUUGGGAGUUAAUCAAGGGAAACCGUGGUAUGAAAAAGCAAAGUCUUGGGGUUUGAAAUAUUUCAAUUGCAAUUUUGAAAGGCUGGCACUAGUGAAGGCCAGGGUUGAUCCUGGAAAUUUUUUCAGGGAUGAGCAGAGCAUUCCUCCGUUGUAGAAGAUGGCAAUCACAAAUAAUAAAUUACUGAAAUUUGCAAGUAUGUGCAUAGGCAUAGUUCUCCAUGAUAAUGAUCUGUACUCGUUGCAAAUUACAAUUGCUAUAGUCCUGAAUAAGUUGUGCAUUGUAAAUUCUUAGUUUAAUCAGAAAGGUUUGCAAAAUUAAUUUUCA